AUGGAUGAUCCUGAUGAUCAUGAUGAUGGAUCUCUGAAGCUAACGGACAAGGAAGAAGAAGGUGGUGAUGAUGACGAUGAUGAGAUGAUGAUGACGAUGAGGAUGAAACGAUCACUGAGUAGUGAGUCAGAUACAUUAUCUGUAGGGAGUGGAAGCGAUCCUGAUUUGCAAAGAGACAGACAGGUACUACUGGUAGAUGCAGGAGAGAGACAGGUACUACUGACAGAUGCAGGAGAGAGACAGGUACUACUGAUAGAUGCAGGAGAGAGACGGGUACUACUGAUAGAUGUAGGAGACAUGCAGGUCCUUCUGAUAGAUGCAGGAGACAGGCAGGUACUGCUGGUAGAUGCAGGAGAGAGACAGGUAAUACUGGUAGAUGCAGGAGACAGACGGAUACUACUGAUAGAUGCAGGAUAUGGCCAGAUACUACAGAUAGAUGUAGCAGAUACAUAUCUCUCUUUUUGUUCUCCCUCCCUCCCAUCCUACUUGUCUCCUACAGUGAGUGUGCUGAAUGGUCAAGAGAACCAUCACAUGUUUUCUUCCAGUGGUGUCUUCACAGCAUUAGAGCUUAGGAGAAUCACACAAGUGCCAAUCCUAAUGGGAGGCGGUGAUACCGGUCUAGGUAGCGCCCUCAAUCUAAGCGAGCUCCCUUCACCUACCUACUACGCCAACAGCUAUGCCAACAACGUUCAUCCUGGGCUUGGAGUCGGCCAGAACAUGGGUGGUCUGAGGCGUAACAUCCCACUGUCGCUCACGCAUGGCAACAAACGCAUCAAGAGGAACUCGACCACGAUGUCGUCAGCGGACGACGAGGUCGAUAGCAUUGGAGAGGAAGGGGAUAACAUGGGAGGUUUCUACGGGAGGUCACCGGCCAACUCUCUGAGUAGCCAUUCGAGUGGAUGGCAUAGUGACAUGGAUGCAGGAGCAAGCCCAGGGAUCCACUCUCCUAACAUGAACAAGCCUAAAGCGGGUCUCCCUAAUGCACAGUCUCCCACAGGAUCUAGGCCAGGAGGCAUCAAGAUUGAAAGAGAUGGGUCUAUGAGUGCCUGUACGUUACCUGAUGGUAGCCCACAAAGUGUUGAUCCUGUCUGUACUUCGUAUUUGCUUCCAGUUGGUCAACCAAACCUAUCCUAUGCCAAUAUGGCGCCCUCGCCUGGUCCGCCUUCAUCAGGUUACUAUCAGAACCAGCUGAGAGUUCAUUCGGCAGCAAACCAAGAGAGUGCCCAGCUUUCAGACUAUGUUCAACUCGUCAGCCAUCAGGAGACGACCCAGAACCAUCCGGUCCAUGUGAAGACUGGUGCUGCUGUAGGUAAUGCUAAUAGUCCAACUAAGAUUGCCGGCUUCAUCCCUACCGCCAUGCUUCCACCACCGCCACCUCCACCGGUAGCAAGACCGGUUGCCUUGACGACAUCCAUCGGUCAGAUGGGGACCCUGUCUGGCGUCAGCAAUGGGGCCAGCUCAACUGCAAAUGGAAAUAUGUCCACGAGCACCACCCCCUUGAACCUGCCUUCAACGUCCAUCUUGACCAGCUGCCCUACCACUCCUCCGGUCAGUAGAAGCAUCAUGACCAGUCCAUUCACUGUCCUUGGGCGGCCAGAUAACUCCUUCGUCCACUCUCAACAACAGAUGCUGUCUUAUCCAAACAUAAGCCCUGUCAACAUCUCUCCGACGUCUCUAUCGCUUCUCACGUCGCCUGUAGCCACUCCCCGGAGCACGCCCAGAUCCACCCCUAUCCCGCGAUGGAAUGCUCCACUCAUAUCCAUUGAUGAAAGCUCGGACUAUUCCUUGAUGUCCAUUGCAGCUCAAGAAGCCUUCCUGCAGUUUGUUAUGGAGGCUGAUCUAUCCACUAGAAUGAUUUACUCAAAAGCACAAAGUAUGAUGCAGGGUGGUGUCUCGGAGGAUAGCCUGCUGAAUCAGGAAGCGAGGUUUGUCCCGGUGAUGAACUCUGAACCUAUGGACACAGGUCAGAACAAUGUGCCUUCGUCCAAGUGAUGACCUUUGACCUGCGAAUCACAAGGAAUUUAUGCCAUUACCCAUUGGAUCUUGUGUGUGGAUGGACCAUAUUGCCAAAGCCCACCGAAGACUGCCCUCUAGAGAUUAGAAUGUGUUCAAUUUGAGGUCAAAAUGUCAAAGUUCAGCCGACCUAUCAGAGCUCCAGUGCAGUGAUGUGGAAAAUAUGUUUGCUUUGCGGAGAUGUGGAUGGGGAAAGUUACGAUGUCGUCGAGAGGAAAGCAAUAUGUGCAGCUGAAAUGAUGAAAGUUAGACAUAUGCCAGGCAAGGUUUAGGAUGUGUGAUAAGAUGACAAUGAAAUGAGUGCAGGCCAUCCACAUAAUACACACUUGAUGAACAUAUGAUGAUCAUGUGAUUGGUAGUAUCAUGUAUCGUGUGACACAAUGAUGUGCCUCCAUAAACUGAACCUAGCAGCCAGUCUGUGUUGAAUGCAUGCUCAACCUGGCUUCAACGAAUACCAAGAACUGAAGACGGCGACAAAAACAAGACUUUUUGUUUAAUAAUGAAGAAGAAAGCGGGUAUUCUGUAAAUAGUCUAUGAUAAUAAUUUGAGAAAAGUAUUUAAUUCCUUCAAAUCUUUUUAUUUGAUCUUCUAUUGCUUGUAUCUUAUAUUAUAAUUCAUAUUCUUUUUGUAUUUAAUUUUCUUUGUCAUGUACAUGAGAUAUUGUAUUCUAGAACUUGUGCAACGUGUGAUUGUUAUAGCUGAAAAUUUUCUGCAAGAAUCCACAAAUUAUUGUAGAUUUUUGUAGUCGGGCAUGUCAUUGUACAUUAGCUCACUUGCGACGCAGAUUAGGCCGUAAUUGUUCGUCUGUUCAUGGUCAAAACAAAACUCAAAGCUAUUUUUUAAAUAAUCCUCUUUUGAUUGAAAUUCUCUCUCUUUAAUAUUCUACUUUACUUUCUCAAUGUCUCUCCUUUCUCUUUCUUUCUUUUUUUUAAAAAUCUAUAUCUCUCUUACUAUAUCUUUUAAUUCUUGUGUUUCUGAGUAGUUAUUGUUCAAUUAAAAAGAAAGAAUGCUGCAAUUUGAUAUUAAGCCGUGCAUAAAGCCAGGGAAGGAGUAUCCCCUUUAUUUGACUUAUGGAAAACUUAUUUGAAUAAUUCAAUUAUCUUCAGGAGUUUUGUUACAAGCUCCACAUGGAAUUUCAAUACGGAAUCCGUAGACCAUAUCACACAUGGCCACAUAGACUGCUGUCAAUUAGCAGUGCAGUGCAAGAUAGAUAAUAAUAAUAUCACUAUGUGUGACUUUUUUCUAGAUUAUGGUAAAAUGUAAAUGAUGUUUUUGAUCAGCAAUGAGCUAUUCAAGUACCAUUCCCUGGCUAAAACUCUGCAUGCUUGCCAAUAAAUUGCCUCUAAUUGUAGCUCAACAGAUUUUAAAAUCUAUUAAGCUCGUGAUUCAAUGUUCUGCAACUUUAUUUCAAAGUU